AAGCAAGCGAGCAGAGCCCGCGCUCGCGUCGUCGCCGCUUACGCACUGGACUGCGUGCUGCGGGCACGCCAUUGGAUUCUUGCUCGUGGUUUUAAUGGUCGCCUGCUGCUCCCUCUCCUCUUCUUUUCGCCUCUGCUCUGCUCUCGCCAUUGUCGACUCUCCUCUCUCCGCUCCGCCCCGCAGCUCUCUCUGCCGUCUGAGUCUGUGCUGCUGCUGCUGCUCUCGGCCCUCUCUCUGGGCCUGUGGGCUGGCUGCUGCUGGCUGGGCUCCCUCGCUCGCCUCUGCCUGCGAGCGUCUUUCCUCCUCUUUCUCUCCUCUCUUUUCUGCUGUGCUCUGGGGCUGGGCUGGGCUGGCUGGCUGGCUGGACUGACCCGACCUGCCCUGCCUGGACUGCCCCCGGCUGGCUGGCUCGCUGCCAGGCAAAGGCUUCUCGUCGCGUGUGCGUGCCUGAGUUCUGGUUUCGCUGCUGCUGCUGCUGCUCCUCUGUGAUAUGCUUUUGGCCUCUCGUAAGCAGGAGCAGUAGGACGAGGAGGACGAGGAAGAAGAAGAAGAAGAUUGGACGAGGGGAGGGUGAAGACCGGAGGGAGAGAGACGAGACGAGACGUGACGAGAGAAGAGAAGAGAAGAGAAGAGAAGGGAAGGUCGGCUGGUGUCGACGGACAGUGGGGAUUGCUGCUGCUGCUGCUGCUGACUGGGGAGGAAGAGAGCUCAGCGGAGAGAUCGUGGUGAAAGCGAGGCGGGGAGGGGAGAGGCGAAUAGAGGAGGAGAGGGAGAGUGGGGGAGAGUUAUUAGGUCAUUAUAGACGCAUUAUUGCAUUGAGGACAUGCAGCUUUCUGAGGUGUGCGAGGGAGCGCUCAGAGCGCAGAGUCUGUGGUUCAGAUCGCUCUUUUCCGGGGAGGAAUAGAAUUGUUUUAGGGGUGCGAUUUGGAGAUUUGUGCGCACACGUGUGUGAUGAAGUGGUGGCAGUCUGUGGAGAAAGAGUGGUGAGGGAAAAAGUCUCGUUUGACGAGGAGCUGAGAUUUCGAGACGGUGUCUCGACUAAUUGCUGCUGCUCCUGCUGCUGGUUGGCUGAACUGAGGCAUACCAGGAGUUGUUGUCAUUGAGAGACACACACACACACACGAACACUAUCACAUACACACGCGCAGACGCGCGCACACACCCACACACACCGCUCGCUCUGCGCACUUCACCUUGCCGCGUUGCCUGCCUCCAUCAUCGUGUCGUGGAUCUGCUCUGGGCAGUUGGAUUGCGAAGCACUCUUGCAGCAGAGGACCAUCUUUGCCAGGAAGCUGCUUCUGCAUCAAUUUCCUGAUUUUUGACCGUCCUCCUCUCAGACCGGUCCUCGAGCUACAUUCGGAGGGAGUUGGCUCCAGUCUGUUAACGACGAGGUGGUUUGGCAGAAGAUACGACCCGAGGCGCCCGGGGGAGCAACUCUCUCUCGCGUCCUAGGGGGAGGGGGGGUGGGGGAUAGAAACUUUGAGAGUUAGAAUCCCACUCACGAAUUGCGAGUAUGUGCAGCACGGGUGUCUGGGAGAGGAACUAUGGACAAUCGUAAUUGGCGUCUGGAUUUUCCAAGAAGCCAAUUCGCUCUGUCGAAUAAGCAUUGUGAAAUUGCCUUCACAUUUUUACUUUUGAGAAACGGCGUCAACCUCCUCCUAAACUCGACAUUGUUAAGGAAGCAUUGUGACUGCAGAUGCUACAGCUUCAUGGCAAACGCCUUAGUCAUUCCUCCCACGAAGUAGUGCUUCUUCACCGGAAAUCAGUCCCUUCUGCAUUUCGGACGAACGAACUGUCAGUGCGAUAUUAGUUUGUUGAAAGUAAUCCCAAAUUCCUUACGAUUUAUCGCUGUUGUAGUCGCUGAUCAGUGUGUAGCGAACUGUCAUCGAGUGAUUCCCGGGGUUUAGGGUUUAGGUUGAGCCAAUCGCAUUUGCGGUUGUCCCCAUCUGCAUCUGCCCCUCGAACGCUGCUUAGGAGCGGCCAGUCUGAACGUUUCCACGGGAGGAAAGGAUUGUGAUUCGCCACAUUCAUUGCUGCAGCUAAUUUUCUCGGUCGAAGCCAGCCAUGACAGCGAAUCAAGCGCCUCAUUUUGGUGCUAGUACGCGAUUGUAGAUUUCUGAGCUGUACUGGGAAGCAGUGAAAUUCCUGAUUCAACGACCGAGUCGAGGAAAGUAGGCAAGUUUCUCUUGCCGGCGACGUGAUCUGCGUGAAAUAGCCGACGGUGGCAUGGCGUGGAGGUCUAAUCAUCAAGCAGUUUAUCCAGAUCCCUCGCUACCAUUCUCAUCCCCAGGGUGUCCAUCGGCCUCAUUGUCCAUUUCAUCGACCACGGCAUCGUCGUACCCUCCGUCGUCUCGAACAUUGACUUUUUCUAAAUCCAUCCCCAUCCCGUCAAAGAAGAUCGAAGCUUGUAACACUCAAAAUAAGGAGGUGCUUGGUUGGCUGGAUGCCAUGAAGGCUCAGUCCCCUCCCCGAUUUGAAAGUUACAUGGGCGGCGUCUUGGAUCCCAAAGCUCAGGAAGCUGCAGCUGUAGCCCAAUAUUCCGCAUGGAGGGAGAACCAUCCGUCCGCCCUGGAAAUGUUCGACGAGCUGAUGGAAGAGGCAGCUGGCAAGCAGAUUGUUGUGUUUUUGGACUACGACGGAACGCUCUCGCCCAUCGUGGAAGAUCCCGACCGGGCCUACAUGUCCGAUCUGAUGAGAGCCACCGUGAAGGAGGUAGCGACGCAUUUCCCCACCGCGAUCAUCAGCGGGCGAGGCAGGGAGAAGGUAUACGACUUUGUACAACUAGCGGAACUUUAUUACGCCGGGAGUCAUGGAAUGGACAUCAUGGGACCAGCAGAGGGAUGCAAUGGUUUCAAAGCGACGGGAACGCGGGCCAAGGAUAAGAAGGGCAAUGAAGUUGUAUUCUUCCAACCGGCGAGCAAGUUCCUACCCAUGAUGGACGAGGUGUGCAAGCUCUUGGAGGACAAGGCUCAGAGUAUUCCAGGCGCCAAGAUUGAACAUAACAAGUAUUGUGUAACAAUACAUUUUCGUCGGGUCAAAGAGGAGUGCUGGGGGCCUCUUGCAGAGCAGGUGGAGAUUGUGUUGAAGAGUUAUCCAGAGUUGCAGUUAACUCUUGGUCGCAAAGUGUUGGAAAUCCGACCAGCGAUAGAGUGGGACAAGGGGAAGGCUGUGGAAUUUCUGCUAAAAUCUCUAGGAUUGGAGGACGUCGAUGAUGUUCUACCUGUGUAUCUAGGAGACGACCGAACAGAUGAAGAUGCAUUCAUGGCUCUAAAUGAUCGGGGCAAGGCCUUUAGUAUUCUGGUGUCAACUGUCGCCAAAAGCACGAACGCUUUGUAUUCCCUUCGAGAUCCUAGUGAGGUAAUGACAUUUUUACAGACAUUGGUGAGAUGGCGAGAGGGCCAUCCACAAAGUCUUUGUAAACCUGCUGAUGAGCGGUAAGUAGUACGACGUCUAAACAUCAGUCAUAAUGGCUGGUCCUGAGCUAGCUUGAAACUGCCCCUUUUGAAGAAUGGGGUGCGAGCAUGUACCACGGGCGGAUGUUACCUAUCCCCUCGUUUUCCAGGUGGUUCUCUCCAUAUGGAGCAUCUUUGUAAAAUGUGUGAGCUCUACAAGCCCCUCAGCUUUUUACAACGCUUGUAAGGGUGUCCAGGAGGUCACAAAUAGUCAGUAGGUUUCGUAGCUUUUGCAACUGAAUUCCUAGGUAUUAGAGUGUACAUUCGGUAGUCGAUAGUUUAUCAUGGCUACCAUCCAUCCAGCUUCAAGGUUCACAGUAGCUUGUAAAAGGGUAAAAUGAGUAGGAAGUGAGUAGAUAUUCAAGUCUUGAAAAUCUGAUGCUUGAAAAUGUUCGGCUCAUCUAUAUCAUUUCUGAAAUGUUCCCUGUCUAAACCGUUGAUUUUCAACCAUUCGAUCAGAAUAAAAUGUCCCUACGGGAGUUUAUUUCUUCAAAUACUGCCACCCUGCAGAGCCUGACAUCUGGUGGUGUGUUAUGUGGUGAUGUGAUGCGAAUUUAAAACGAGGACAUUUGGCGUGUUCAUAUCUCUGUCGCUGUGCGUGUGCACUUUUCCUCUUUCGCACUCUUUCUGCCUCGCACUCUGUUGCCGUCCCUCGCCUCGAGUCAGUCGUAUGAAAGCAUCAUAAUCACAAGUGUCAAAUCAGCUACCACAUCGCAAGGACGAAUCAGACGCGGAAGUAAUUCAUGUGCCUUAAUGCGAUGUAAAUACAGCAUGUAAGUAUCCCAUCGAACACGAUCCACACACCGCUUUUUCCAGGUCAGUGCGGCGAAAAGUUUGAUUCGGGAGGGCCGCCUAGCCUUCACCUCGUUUGUCACAUACGCGCCGUCGCGUGGCCAUUGUCCAAUAAUUGAGGCUUGUCGCCUCCGAGCUCCCAAUGAUGUCGAUGGUGCAUCAAACUUUCUACGCAGUAUCUAUGCUUCGAGUUAAUGGAAACACCCCUCCACUCAUCAAUGACGCGCCAAAGCCAGCCAGCCAGUCAGUCAGCCCCUCAUGCCAA